GGCCCAGUUUUUGGGCGUCUCACAGUGCUUUUGAUCAAGGAUUCGAUUGUCGCGUUCCUUGAAGCGCCCGCUUUAGCCGUGAAACUACAGCGAACUGCGCGGUCGAUUGGGGCAAUACAAUCAUGUCUGUUGAUGUAAAACACCCGCUUGAUGCGGCCAGCACUGAUCUGUUAGAAGUAAGUCGCCAUAGACUUGAACCACUCUCGACAAAGAUGGAGGAGCGAGAUGCAGACGUCAUGAAGGCUUUUAUCCAGUCUAUGGGAACAAUGGGUGAGGUUUCAGCAGACUAUAGGGACUCCGAAGAAGAUCAGUGGAUGGAACAACAGAGUUCGGCGAGACUCUUCGAAAGAUCACGAAUCAAAGUUCUAGCAGAUGAAAGAGAAAAAGUUCAACGUAAGACAUUCACAAAAUGGAUUAACUCACAUCUUCAACGGGUUGGAGCCAGGGUAAAUGAUAUGUACCAUGAUCUACAAGAUGGAAAAAAGCUCAUUCUACUUCUUGAGAUUCUCUCUGGAGAAAAACUGCCUAAACCAUCCAAAGGGAGAAUGAGAAUUCACCAACUUGAAAAUGUAGACAAAGCUUUGACAUUCUUGAAACAAAAACAGGUCCAUUUGGAGAAUAUUGGUGCUCAUGACAUCGUUGAUGGAAAUAACAAGAUUACUCUUGGUCUGAUAUGGACAAUCAUCCUUCGAUUCCAGAUUCAAGAUAUCACCAUUGAAGGAGAAACAAAGGAGAAGAGAUCCGCGAAAGAUGCAUUGUUGCUCUGGGUUCAAUCUAAGACUGUCGGGUACCGAAACGUCACUGUGUCCAACUUCACCACUAGCUGGCGUGAUGGACUGGCAUUCUGCGCACUAAUUCACAGACACAGACCUGACCUGAUUGAAUAUGAGAAGCUCACAAAGGCUGAACCCGAGAAGAACUUGAAUCUUGCAUUUGAAGUCGCAGAAACACAGCUUGAAAUACCACAACUGCUGGAAGCAGAAGAUGUGAACGUUGACUUUCCUGAUGAGAAGUCAGUCAUCACGUAUGUUGCUGCUUACUAUCACUAUUUUGCUAAGAUGAAGACGGUGGAAGUCAGUGGCAGCAGAAUUGGCAAGGUGAUAGAACGCAUCAAGGAAAAUUCUGAGCUGAUUGAAGAGUACGAGAGGCUAGCAACUGAUCUCCUGGAGUGGAUUCAAAUUACGAUUGUUAAGCUGUCAGACAGAAAGUUUGCCAACACACUUGUCGGGGUGCAGCAACAGAUGUUGGAGUUUAAUCAGUACAGAACUCAAGAAAAACCUCCAAGGUUUGUGGAAAAAGGCAAUCUAGAAGUCCAGCUGUUUAUUCUAACGAGCAAAUUGCGGGCCAAUCAUCAGAAGAUGUACACGCCUCCUGAGAGCAAGGCACUGAGUGAUAUCAACAGAGCAUGGGAGUCGCUAGAAAGAGCCGAACAUGAGAGAGAACUUGCAUUGAGAGAGGAGCUGAUGAGACAAGAAAGACUUGAGAUGCUUGCUGCAAAGUUCGACCGAAAGGCUGCCAUGAGAGAGACAUGGCUGAAUGAGAACCAGCGCCUGGUGUCUCAAGACAACUUUGGCAAUGACAUAGCUGCCGUGGAAGCUGCAACCAAGAAACAUGAAGCCAUUGAAACUGAUAUCAUGGCUUAUGAAGAACGUAUCAAAGCCAUUGUUCAAGUUGCAGAUGAAUUACAGAGGGAAAACUUCCAUGAAUCUGAUAGAAUUCAACAGAGGAAAGACCUGAUUCUACAGCUGUGGGAGCAGCUUUUGGAGUUACUCAAACGUCGCCGUUCUCGACUGGAGAAGAGCAUGAAAUUGCAACGUUGCUUCCAGGAAAUGAUCAACACCAUUGACUGGAUGGAUGAGAUUAAGAUGGGCCUUUUGUCUGAGGACUAUGGUAAACAUUUGCUCGGUGUGGAAGAUCUGUUACAGAAACACAGCUUAGUAGAAGCAGAUAUUGCUGCACAAGCAGACCGUGUCAAGUCUGUUAACGAGCAGGCUGAAAUAUUCUUACACCUCGACAAUGAAGAGGAUGGUUUCAAACCAGAUGAAAACCAGAUCAGAGAUCAUCAAGCUGAACUAGAAGGAGCCUACAAUGAACUCUUGAUGCUCGCUGCAACAAGGCGUGGCAGGUUAGAUGAGUCACACAAGCUGCAGACAUUCUAUCGUGAUGCGGAGGAGGAAGAAAUGUGGGUGUCAGAGAAGGCUUAUUCACUGCAGUCUACAGACUAUGGGCAUGAUCUUAACAGUGCCAUGGUGCUGCUGAACAAGCAUGAGGCGGUGGAACGUGAGAUGGCCAAGCGUGACACCCACACAAGAGCAGUGAUGAAAAGUGGCCAGGAUCUUGUGGACUCUGGACACUACUCCUCAGACACAAUUCAGUCUCGCAUGCUCAGCAUUCAAAAUAAGUGGAGGAGCCUGCAUGAUGUUGCAGGAUAUCGCAAGAAGAAGAUCCAGGAAAACCUGCAGCUGCAACAGUUUAUUGCCGACUACAAUGACAUCAUGUCAUGGCUGGAUAUGAUGGAAAGGAUAGUUGCCAAUGAUGACCUUGGUUAUGAUGAGGCUAGUGCUGAUGCAUUGUUGAAAAAACACAAGAUCAUUGAAGAAGACAUUGAAAAUUACGCUUCAGUGAUCAAAGGUCUUCAUGACCAAGUUGACGAACUUGGUGACGAGGACAAGACAUCUCCUGAAGUUGUUGACAGAUGCAGAAAUGUGGACACCCGGUACAACAACUUGCAGUUACAGGCAGCAAAUCGCCGACACAAACUUCUGGAUGCCCUUUCACUCCAUCAGCUCAACAGAGAUGCAUACAUUGUGGAUAGCUGGAUAAAUGAAAAGGAGGAUAGACUUGAAGCAGCCCUAACUGUCGACAAAAGCAUGGAUUUGGAAGAAUGCCAAGUUAUUGACAACAGAUUUGAAGGCUUCCAACAAGAGUUGAAUGCUAAUGAGAAGCGUGUCGGAGUUGUUAAUGAUCUUGGAGGCCAGCUCAUUGAGAAAGGGCACAUCAAUUCUGAUGAGAUCAAAGACACUAUUGAUGGACUCAACACAAAGUGGGCAAAUCUUCGAAAUGCUGCCGAUAUCAAGAAGGCCAAACUAGACAAAGCACUCAGGCUUCAGCAAUUCCAUGCUGAUAUUACUGAGACCAAGUUAUGGAUUACAGAGAAAUCAAGUCUUCUGCUUAGCGUUGAGGAGGUCACCAACAUGAAGGACCUUGCUACUGUCAUGAUCUUGCAACGACGUCUCAACAGCAUCCAGAGAGACUUGGGACCUCUGGAAGACAAGGUCACAAAGUUAGAGAGUGAUUCUGAAGUCCUUUGCUCUGAAUACCAAGGGGAACCAGAGGAGCCCAUCAUCAGAGACAAAAUGACUGUUGUUAGCAGUGCCUGGGUUGACCUUAAAGACAAUGUGAAGCAGCGAGAUGAUGCUCUUGCGGAAUCUGGAGAACUACAACGCUUUGUCAUUGAUCUGGACAACUUCCAAAUAUGGUUGAACAACACUCAGAAUGAAGUUGCCUCCGAGGAGAUGCCAGUGUCGCUCAUUGACGCAGAGAAGAUGUUGAAAGAACUUGAAGAUCUCAAGGAUGAGAUUGACAGCCGCGAGCCAGACUUCAAGCAGCUGAUGGAAAGCGGACCCAAGUGGAUUCAAGACGAAUCUGACCUCCAGCAACAAUCACUCAAAGAACAGCUUGAUAACCUGGAGACCGGCUGGAAUGAUGUGCACAUCCUGUGGGCAAACAGAAAGAAAAUGCUCAUUCAGGCUUUGAACCAUCAGCUGUUCAUCCGAGACUCCAAACAAUGUGAAGCCAUUCUUGGCCAACAGGAAUUGUUCCUGUCCAAGGAAGAAAGUGGAGCCACCGUAGAAGCCGUGAAGGAACUGAUUAAGAAGCAUGAAGAAUUCGAGAAGCGCAUGAACACCAAUGAUGACAAGAUCAAUCAAAUGAUGCAGUUUGCUGAACGCUUGAACGAUGAAAAUCACUACGCCUCAGACAAGAUCACUGAGAAAGCUCGCAGCAUUGAUGAAAGGCAAGCAGCAAAGUCUUUCUUCUUUAUAAACUACUAUUUUGAGGUUUUCUACAAUUCAAAGCUGUUCAUCCGAGACUCCAAACAAUGUGAAGCCAUUCUUGGCCAACAGGAAUUGUUCCUGUCCAAGGAAGAAAGUGGAGCCACCGUAGAAGCCGUGAAGGAACUGAUUAAGAAGCAUGAAGAAUUCGAGAAGCGCAUGAACACCAAUGAUGACAAGAUCAAUCAAAUGAUGCAGUUUGCUGAACGCUUGAACGAUGAAAAUCACUACGCCUCAGACAAGAUCACUGAGAAAGCUCGCAGCAUUGAUGAAAGGAGAAAUGCCAACCACGAGAAGAUGGCGGCCGCACUGAGGAGGCUGAGAGAUGCUUUGGAGUUACAACAGUUUAUCCAAGAUGCUGAAGAUAUGUACGACUGGCUGAAUGAGCGGUUAUUAAUCGCAUCAGAAGAGACUUACAGAGACCUGAGCAACAUUCAGGGAAAAGUCAUGAAGCACCGAACGUUUGAAGCUGAAAUCCAGGCUAACAAAGAACGACUUGAUGACAUCUGUGAGACGGGAAACAACAUCGCCGAUGAGAAACCAGAAAACAGACCAGAAAUCGAUGAACGUUUGGAGAAACUGAAUAUUAAGUGGCAAGAGUUGGCUGAUGCUUCCAAGCAGAAGGGAACCAAGCUAGGAGAUGCACAGAAACAAGAGGAAUUCAACACUGGCGUCCAAAACAUCCAGCAAUGGUUCGCGGAGGUUGAGCAAACUGUAGUUACUCACGAGAAGGCGACUGACUUGACAACAGCCACAAGACUAUACCAGAAACAUAAGAUGAUGGAAAAAGAGAUCUUGGCAAGGCGACAGCGUAUGCAGGAAUUGAACAGCCAAGCUCAAGACCUGGUUGAUGCCGGUCAUUUUGAUCCAAAUGCUGUGGAAGAAACUCGCAUUGUCAUGGAGGAAAGGGUCGAUGCUAUGGCUGCCCCAUUGUCCGAGAAGGGCGUGGAGCUAGAGCGCACUCUUGGCUUCUUCCAGUUCAACAGAGAUGUGGACGAUGAAGAGGCCUGGAUCAAAGAGAAGGAGCCCCUGCUGCAAUCGACAAACUAUGGAAACAACUUAUUUGAAGUGCAGAAAUUACAGAAGAAGCUCCAGACUUUGUGUGCCGAAAUUGAAAUCCACGAAGCUCACAAAGACUCCAUCUGCAAACGCGGACAAGAACUCGUCGAUUCUGAACAUCCAGAAGCUGACCAAGUGGCCGAGAGAACCCAGGACCUGCAAGAGAAGUAUGGUAAUCUCAAAAAACUCGCAGACGACUACAAAGCUCAACUGGACUUGUCACUCCAGGCUAAACAGUACUACUACGAUGCGUCAGAGGCUGAGUCGUGGAUGAGCGAACAAGAACUGAAUAUGAUGGGUGACGAGCGAGGAAAGGAUGAGGCGAGCGCCAGCGCCAUGCUCAAGAAGCACGAAACACUGGAGGCAGCCAUUGCUGAUUAUUCCGAGACAGUUAACGAACUGGGCGACACGGCUAAAGCACUGGUGGACAGCGGACACCCAGAAGGCGAGCAAGUUAAGAUCCGCCAAGCUCAAGUGGACAAACUGUAUGAAGGACUCAAGGACUUGGCAGAGGAGCGCAGAGGCAAGCUGGACGAGACACUGAAGCUUUAUCAGCUGCAAGGCGAAAUCGAUGAUCUGGAACACUGGAUCGCUGAGAAAGAAGUUGUGGCUGGAUCAGAAGACAUCGGACAAGAUCUCGCUCAAGUGGAGUUGCUCAUCGAGAAAUUCCGCGAGUUCGCGCGCGACACCACGAACACUGGCUCCGAGCGCGUGGCAGCAACGAACGCUGUGUGUGACCAGCUGAUCGGCACAGGCCACUCGGACGCGGCCACAAUAGCUGAGUGGAAAGAUCAGAUCAAUCAGUCCUGGGCCGACUUACUGGAACUCAUUGACACGAGGACAAAGAUGCUAGAAGCCGCCCGCGAGUUGCACAAAUUCUUCUACGAUGCUAAAGAAGUGCUGGCGAUGAUUCAAGAGAAAGAGAACCUCCUCACAGAUGACCUGGGUCGAGAUUUGAACAGUUUACAUCAACUGCAAGUCGUUCACCAGGGAUUUGAGGCAGAUCUGGCCCCUCUUGGCAACCAGGUCGUCGCCGUCCAAGAGGAGGCUAAUCAUCUCCAGGGCUCCUACGCCGGUGACAAAGCCAGGGAAAUUCAAGCCAAAGAAGACGAGGUGGAAGACGCAUGGAAGCGGCUCAAUUGGCGGGUAAAACAACGCACUGAGCGCUUACAUGACGCCGACGACUUGUACAGAUUCCUACUGGCUGUUCAGGAUCAGAUGUUGUGGAUGAAUGACAUGUUGAAGCAGAUUUUAACCUAUGAGAAAGCGAAGGACGUACCCGGAGUCGAGGUCUUGAUGGAACAACAUCAGAACAGAAAAGUAGAAAUCGACGCCCGGGAGGACAGUUUCGACGAUGUCGUGAAGAUGGGCAAAGAUCUGAUCGCCAGAAAUCACUAUGCUACUCCUGAGAUCAAUGAGAAACUUGACAUGUUGAACAGACACAAAGACGAGUUGUCGCUUGAGUGGGACAAGAGAUGGGAACACCUGCAAUUAGUCCUCGAAGUCAUGCAGUUUGCACGUGAUGCUCACAUGGCUGAAGGAUGGAUGAUCGCACAGGAACCCUACCUGAAGAACGAGAACCNUUUUUCGUGUGAAUACUUCGUCUGUUGCCCUUUCAUUGGUCAGCGAACAAGAAGCGACCAAGGUACUAACGAAGUGAUUUUCUUUUUUCAAGCAGAAACGGACGAAAGCGUGACUGAUGGCAAGAUGGAAGGCUACCUGUAUCGCAAACCGACCAUGGACGCCCCCAACAGAAAAGCACCAAUCAGGCAAUGGAAACAAUUCUAUGUUGUACUGCAAGAAAUGUCACUUCAUUUCUACAAAGAUCAGAAGACCGCCCGAGCGGAUCACGAGUCUGCUCACUCACUACCGACAAUGGACGGCUCUGUGGAGAAAGCCACCGACUACACCAAAAGAAAGAACGUCUUUAGAUUCAAGACAAAUGCUGGUCAAGAAUUCCUUUUCCAAGCAAAAGACGAGGAUGAUAUGAACCUCUGGAUUAAACACAUUCAUGAGAGUUUCAGAGAAGAAUCCGCUGGUAAAGACGUCUCUCCUGGAAAGAAGACAGAAAAACGCGGCGGCAGUGGGAUUUUCGGCAAGCGAAGAAGCAAGAACUUAGAGAAAGAAAAGGAGGAGAAGAAAUAAAAGACACUUAAAAAAUACACUAGGUUACAAAUUAUGAACAUCUGUGAAACACUCAGUUAAUCGCAGUAUUUAGGAGUUUCAUUUGUAAUGGAGCGUGUUUAAAAAUUGUUCAUUGGUUCUCUGGUACGGUAUGUUGUUAAAACCGGAAAAGCCUGUUUGUGAAGUUUUAUUGUGUAACGUUCUCUUGCCAAGCAAAAACAAACUAAGAAAGUUGUGUUUGAUUCUGCGCAAAGAUUUUGUUUCCCGUUCAGUUGAAGGAGGCAAUAGACCAAAGUAAAAAUGGACAAGUUAAUGUCCAAGAGAUCAACAGUUAUGCAUUGCAGACGAUCGAAAAUCGCUUGAACAAAGAGAGAAUUGCAAAGUCAUUAGAAUGGGAAGGCAUUCUUUUCUAGUUGCUUGUUAACCGGAGAACCAAGUUUAUUAGUUAAGCAAUCCCUUGUUUAUAGGUGUGCUUUGUUUUGUCAAAUACGGUCUUCUACAGACGGGGGAAAAAGGUGAAAUUGGAUUAUAGGUAUUUUUCAUUUAUUUUAGGUCCUUAUAUUUUGUGUUACACCUGCCCUAAAACGAGUAAGACUUGAGGGUUAAUUAGACAAGAAAUCUCCAUUCGUUUUGUUCUUGAUAUUAUCUCUCUGCGCUAAAAGAAUGAAUUAAGAAAAGUGUUUUCUCAAGCAAUUGAUAAGCAAAGAUAUAAUCUUGGUUACAUUGGAAACAAUUAGAGUAAAGUUGAUUUAUACUCCUUUCUGUUUGUUUUCUGUUGAUUCACCUUAAAUUGUGUAGUAAAAUAUUGUCAUCAGCGUUGAGCUGGUCAUAAAAUGUGAGAAAUAAAGUUAAAUAACGUCAAA